UGCUGUGCGUCUGACGUCACGCCGCGCAGAAGCCGCGAGAGGGGGAGAGAGAGAGGGAGAGGGAGGAGAGGAGGAAGCAGUUUCUCCGCGCUCGGUCGUGGCCGCCAUUUUGUUUGUGUGCGCAGGGCGGACACGGGGCUUGCUCGCCUUUUUUUUUUCCAGCUUUGUGCAUGUACCUGUUUGAACACAGAAUUCCUGCAUAUAACAUCCAGCAACGGAAGCUGUGGGAGAUGCGGCAUUCAAAACAAUCUCAUUGUCCUGAAUGGGACGACCGAAAGAGCUGGGAUCAAAGAAAGCACAGCAGCAGCCGUAAACGCAGGAAAAGGUCCCACAGCAGUGGACAAGAAAGCAAGCACUAUAAACCAAAUCACUUUUCAGAAAGUCAUUAUUUGGACGAUAGAACCAUAAAUGAAAGAGACCAUCAUGACCGGAGAUAUGUUGAGGAAUACAGAAAUGACUUCUGUGAAGUAUAUGACCACAGGCAUUAUCACAGAGACUAUGAAAAGAGUCACCAUCAUCACUAUAGCAAAUCCUCUGGUCGGAGCAGGAAAAGUAGUCAUAAAAGGAAGCAUAAGAGACAUCAUUGCUCCAGUCACCAAUCGCAUUCGAAGAGUCACCGAAGGAAAAGAUCCAGGAGUGUAGAGGAUGAUGAGGAGGGUCACCUGAUCUGUGAAAGUGGAGACGUUCUAAGAGCAAGAUAUGAAAUUGUUGCAACUUUAGGAGAAGGAGCUUUUGGAAAAGUAGUGGAGUGCAUAGAUCAUGAUAUGAGAGGAAUGCAUGUAGCAGUUAAAAUUGUGAAAAACGUUGGUAGAUACCGGGAAGCAGCCCGUUCAGAAAUACAGGUGUUGGAACACUUAAACACCAUGGAUCCAAGCAGCACUUUCCGCUGUGUCCAGAUGCUGGAAUGGUUUGAUCAUCAUGGCCAUGUUUGCAUUGUUUUUGAGCUACUGGGACUUAGUACUUACGACUUUAUUAAGGAAAACAGCUUUCUGCCAUUUCAUAUUAAUGACAUUAGAAAUAUGGCUUAUCAAAUUUGCCAGUCUAUAAACUUUUUACACCAUAAUAAACUAACUCAUACUGAUUUAAAGCCUGAAAAUAUCUUGUUUGUGGAGUCUGAUUACAUAGUGAAGUACAAUGCCAAAAUGAAGCGAGAUGAACGCACUUUAAAAAACACAGACAUCAAAGUCGUCGAUUUUGGAAGUGCAACUUUUGAUGAUGAGCAUCACAGCACAUUAGUGUCUACAAGACAUUACAGAGCUCCUGAGGUUAUUUUAGCACUGGGAUGGUCACAGCCUUGCGAUGUUUGGAGUAUUGGUUGUAUUCUAAUUGAGUAUUACCUAGGAUUUACAGUGUUUCAGACGCAUGAUAGUAAAGAACACUUGGCAAUGAUGGAAAGGAUACUAGGGCCUCUGCCAGCUCACAUGAUCAAGAAAUCCAGAAAGCAUUAUUUUCACCAUGACCAAUUGGACUGGGAUGAACACAGUUCUGCAGGACGAUAUGUUAGGAGACGCUGUAAGCCUUUAAAGGAAUUCAUGCAUUGCCAAGACAGAGAUCAUCAGAGUCUCUUUGACCUUGUUCGCAGGAUGCUGGAAUAUGAUCCAGCCAAAAGAAUCACUCUUGAUGAAGCCUUGCAGCAUCCUUUUUUUGAACCAUUAAAUAAAUAAAUAAAUUCAAAGAUCUCUUAUGCUUCUUCAAGGAGAUUUCCUAGACUGUGUCAGUCAACAGAGGUUGCAUGAAACUUUUGUAAACUUUAAAUUAUUUUGUACAGUUAAGUCUGUAAAUAUUUACAUAUGUUUUGUAUAACUGUUAUGUUUACCUUGUUGAACAGUUGUAGUCUUAUGAGUAUCGAAGUGAAAAAUAAAAGUAAUUUUCAUUUUUGAAAA